AUGAAGCAACAAUUUGUUUUGCUUUUAUCUAUUCUCCUUCUUUCCUUUUUCUUAUCUUCUUCACGUUUCCUUGAAUUACCGAAAGGUCCAACAAGACAAGGUGAGAAGGAAGUGAAGGUCAAUGAUAACUCCAUGGUUCAGUCAUCCGCUGAGCUAAAAGUUGACAUGGAAGAAUUGAUGGGAUCAGAGGAGUGCUGUGAAAAGGAUGAAGAAUGCUCUAGCAGGAGGAUGAUGGCGGAGGCCCACUUGGAUUACAUCUACACCCAACACCAUAAGCCUUGAAUUAAUUCAACUUUUCAAAGGCAGAGUACUA